AUGCCGAAUUCCAAGCCAGUCCUUCAUCCUCUCAAAACGCCAAAGAGCGCGACGUUUCCCUCCGAUCUCCAUAUUGAAUCACCGUCAAGUCUGUCGGAUACUGUCAAACAGGAAGAUCUCUCGACACCAAUCACGCCCCCUACCGCCUACACAGAUUUUCUGAAGGCUCUCACGCCCGUGUUCAGCCCUGCUAGUGCUGGUGCUGGUUUCACUUUCCCGAAAUAUCCUCUUGACAAGCCGUCGGCUGCUUCCCCCACAUCUCAGCCAGCAAGCGCGUUGAGCGGUUCCUUUGUAUUCGGUGACUCGGCAAGAUCACCGACUAUCUCAUUGCCACCGCCGACACCGUCGUCAGCAAAUUCUACCAAAAGGAGCUUCCCUGUCCCGCGCCGCCUACGCAUCCCACAGUCACUGAAAUAUUCCCCGACUACGGACUCUCCAAAAAGUGCAACUAUCCUUCGAUCUCCGUUCUCCCCAUCAGACUGGAAACUGCGUUACUAUGAGCCGCCCCGCAGUGCAACUGGGAAGCCGGUCAGCGUGAAGCAGGUGGUCACUCGAACUGUUACCUACAAAUGCACCCCGCUGGAGGCACCACCAAAAGGAAAGCGACGAAAGUGCCGGGAGUCUAAAGAGGCUUAG